AUGUUCUAUUCACUAAGACAGCCUCACAGCAUCAUUCCACCCAACGCCCGGCACAUGGUGUUCACGAUCUUGAAUUGCAUCAUGGCCGGCAUUCACUUCUACCACCACAUGCAGCUCCAGCGUUCGAUGUGCGGGUUCAUCUGCACCCUGUUCACGGCUUGGAAGAUAUCCAACGCGGAACACCGCAACUUCAUCUCAAUAUUUCAAGCGUUCUCAACCUUCUACGCCCCUGGAUUCCUCCCGAAGAAGCGGAAGUUGCUGCCUAAGACGCACACAAUCCUUCGUACACUACCUGACCCCGCUAGCCCGCACGGCUUACCCGUUCUAUUGUCCAUGGCGACGGCCUUGGUCUUCCACGACACGCUCUCCUUCGAUAACGCCAAGAGCAAGUACUACGAGCUGGACCGCUGGAACUUCAAGUCGAUCUGGCACAUGGUGGCUAAAAAGGGCCGUAUCGUGAUGGACGAGGAGAACCAAGUAGGCUGUGACCACGAAACGACUCUGCGUCAGUACUGCGACCUCGUCAAUGAGGAUCUUGGAGACUACGACGAUCGGUGGUCCUGCGCCGGGCUUGCCGAGGUCAUGUUCUUCGUCGGACGCGCUAUAGUGUACUUGAGCAUGCGCUGGCAGGAGGACAGGGACAGGCCAGACACCGAUGAUGAAGGCGACGAUGCCGCCAAGAAGGAGCCGGUGAAGCCAACUCUUGAAGAGCUGGAGCAGCUGAAGUGGCUGGAACCAGAGGAGGUGUACGCUCGGGUGCGCAGCGAUCUGAGCUGUGCCUUCGGCAUUGUGGAGGAUGCUGUCGGUGCGCUCCUGUGCGACCUGCAGGACAUACGCUCGAUCACGGACACGAAGAUCUUCCCCGAAGUGACCUGGAUGGCCGACAGCGAACGGAGCUCUCCACGUCCUCCUAGCUUGUGGGACGCUUUUUACCAAGCGAACGACGAGCCGGAGGAUUCUGCUACGGAUGCGCCCGACCCGGGAGACGAGGCUGACGUUGAAGAUAGCGAUGUUGAGGGCACACGGGACGGCGAAGGCAAGAAGCGUCGAUCUGGUAGGAAACAGUCGCGCUCGACGUGA